AAAAAACGAAUUAUUGAGGUAGCUUGCGCUCUCCGCUCGCUGGGAGCCACUCUAAGCUUUAUAGAUAAUUAGUGUUGAGCUGACAUGCGCAUUCUUGGGUUCCCUAAAUUCAUGAUUUCGGAGGCUGUUCUAUUAUAUUCACACGUCAUUGGACUUGUAAUAAGUUGGCAAGAGAGAUUAGAAAAAACUUGUGCAAGUUGAGAGAUGGGAAUCUGCGUUUCCUCUGCAUCUUCUGAGAUACACCAGGCAGAUGAUGGCCUUGAAAAUGUCAUGCAUGUCCAAGAGGAUAUUGUUUCUCAUGGAAUUGAGAAGCUUGGUUCUCUUUACUCUAAAGAAGGAAGCAAGGGAGUAAAUCAAGAUGCUGCUGUUGUUCACCAGGGCUAUGGAAUGGAACAUGGAGCUUUCUGUGGAGUUUUUGAUGGGCAUGGAAAGAAUGGUCACAUAGUGAGCAGGACUGUGAGAAAUAGGUUGCCAUCACUCUUGCUAAAUCAAAAGAACGCUCUAGAAAAGAUAAAGACCGUUAGAGAUCACAACAAUGAGAAAACAGAUGGUGGUUUAGCACCGUUACCAAGUGAAAGUUUUCAUAAAUGGAGAGAGGCAUGUAUUUGUGCCUUCAAGGUGAUGGACAAGGAGAUCAAGCUUCAAGAAGGUCUGGACUGCUCUUGCAGUGGAACCACUGCAGUAGUUGUCGUGAGACAGGGUGAAGAUCUUAUUAUAGCUAAUCUUGGAGACUCGAGGGCUGUGAUGGGCAGAACCAAUGAUCAGAAGGGAAUCAUGCCUGUUCAAUUAACUACAGAUUUGAAGCCUGGAGUACCAAGUGAAGCAAGAAGAAUAAGGCAAUGUAAUGGCAGAGUACUUGCACUAAAGGAAGAGCCUCACGUCCAUCGAGUCUGGCUACCUCAUGAAGAUUCUCCAGGCUUAGCCAUGUCUCGAGCUUUUGGAGACUUUCUGCUCAAAAACCAUGGAAUUAUUGCAUUACCAGACAUCUCUUAUCACCGAGUAACUUCCAAGGAUCAGUUCAUUGUCCUCGCAUCAGACGGGGUUUGGGAUGUGCUUAGCAACAAGGAAGUGGUAUCCAUCGUUUCGGCAGCAGAUAGUGAACAAGCAGCAGCAAAGGCUGUGGUGGAGGCUGCUACAGCUGCGUGGAAAAGGAAGUUUACUUCUUCGAAAGUAGAUGAUUGCACGGUGGUUUGCCUCUUCCUACAAACGAGAAAAUAGCUGUCUGACUUCAUCUUUUAGCCAGUCUUGUAAUAGUUGAGCACAGCCUCUUUUCUUUUUGGUGCAGCUUAUGUUCAAAAUGUUGUGAUACUGUCAGCUAUUUUCAGAUUUCUCAUGAGAAACAUAGAGGUCCCCAAUGAUAGAGACUCCCAUUUAGUGUACAGGUGAGCAUGGGAAUCGUUGAAAAUGCCUAGAGAUUUUAUAAUAAUCAACAAAACAACAGUAACAC